AUGCCAACUUACUACGAUACCAUCAUCGAUCCGUCGGGCGAGAGACUUUCUAGCGAAGCCGCCGAAGUCAUCACCAAGACCAACCGCCAGCGCUCACCUCUUCUACGCCUACCUGCUGAACUACGGAACAAGAUCUACGGAUACGUACUCGGUGGUAUGAAGCUUCGCAUUGCCCAAAGAACCAGGAAGCUGGAUUUUCUUGCUGUAGCGUCUGUUGAUUCACCUUACGCCGAAAUACCCCUCCAUACACUCACUGGCUUGACACUCGUAUCUCGGCAGCUCUACGCUGAGACCAGGAUCCUGCCGUUUGAACUAGGCAUCAUGUUUGCCCUGGACUUCACACUCGACCACCCGAUAAAGAGGCUAAGCAUCACUCAGCGACAGGCCAUCUUAUUCAUACUUCGGUUACUGAAGGGGCUGAAGCGUGUGCAAGUUGCCUGUGUUUCAACAUUGAAGCCACUGGAGUACAGUCAAUUAGUCGAGGUCGUCAAGAAAGGUCUCGGCCGAGAGGAUGUCGACGUGGUGAUUGACUUUGGGAAGUGA